AUGGCUACAGGGAUUCUCAAAGUCAAAGGCGACACGGUCGUUGAUGAGAAUGGCCAACAGGUCAUUCUGCGGGGCGCUGCUCUUGGAGGAUGGAUGAAUAUGGAGAACUUCAUCACCGGUUUUCCUGGUCACGAAUCCCAGCACCGAGCUGCGAUGCGCAAAGUCCUUGGACAGGAGAAAUACGAGUUCUUCUUCGACAAAUGGCUUGAGUAUUUCUUUACCGAUGCGGACGCCAAGUUCUUUGCUGAAGUCGGAUUGAACUGCCUCCGAUUGCCCUUUAACUACCGCCAUUUCGAAGAUGAUAUGAAUCCACGCGUAUUAAAGGAGUCGGGAUUCAAGCACCUGGACCGAGUGGUUGACCUGUGCGCCGCCCAUGGAAUCUACACUAUUUUGGACAUGCACGCUGUCCCUGGUGGACAAAACCCAGAUUGGCACUCUGAUAACCCGACUAGCUAUGCCGCCUUUUGGGACUAUCGCGAUCAUCAAGACCGCACAGUCUGGUUAUGGGAACAGAUAGCCUCUCGUUAUAAGAACAAUCCCUGGGUUGCAGGGUACAACCCUCUCAAUGAGCCCUGUGACCCAGAGCACGUUCGCCUUCCUGCAUUUUAUGCUAGGGUAGAGAAAGCGAUUCGUGCAGUUGACCCGAACCACAUCUUAUGGCUUGACGGCAACACAUUUGCCAUGGAAUGGAAAGGAUUCGAUGAAGUCUUGCCUAACAGUGUGUAUGCUAUGCACGACUACGCUUCCAUGGGCUUUCCCACCGGAGACCGGUACCGAGGCACACCAGAACAGAAACAGCGUUUGGAACGGGGGUAUCUUCGCAAAGCACAGUUCAUGAGCGAAAAUGGCACACCAGUUUGGAACGGAGAAUUUGGACCCGUUUAUGCAAACCCAGAUGUGGAGGCUGACGCAGCAACCACAAACCAAGAGCGAUACAACCUGCUAGGAGAACAGCUGCGCAUUUAUGACAAACAUUCCAUCCACUGGUCUAUCUGGCUAUACAAAGAUAUCGGACUACAAGGAAUGAUUUACACAAACCCCCAGAGCAAGUGGAAUCAAGCAAUCAAGCCCUUCUUGGAUAAGAAACGAGCCGUUUGGAUCGAUAAAUGGGGCCACAAUCAUGUUCCGGAGGCUGAAGCAGCGCUGAAACCCCUUAUGGAGUAUAUUGAUCGUGUUAGCCCAUCUGCCAAAGAAACGUAUCCUACAUCAUGGAAUACAGAGCUACACGUUACACGUAAUGUGCUCUAUACGUUUCUGGCUGCGUCCUUUUCGGAUGAAUUUGCUUCCUUGUUCCAGGGAAUGGAGGAGAAAGAGCUUGAGGAUUUGGCUAGGAGUUUCCAUUUUGAGGAGUGUGUGCAGCGGGAGGGUCUAAAUCAAAUUUUGAAAGAGCAUUCGAAGUUGUCUCAUUAA